GUGAAGGAGUGGCUCUGUCUGAACUGCCAGAUGCAGAGGGCUCUAGGGAUGGACAUGACCACUGCGCCUCGCUCCAAGAGCCAGCAGCAGCUGCACUCCCCAGCCCUGUCUCCGGUCCACUCCCCAGCCAAACAGCCCCUGGGGAAGCCGGAGCAAGAGAGAUCACGGGGCCCAGGGGGACCACAGCCUGGCCCCCGCCAGGCUGAGACAGCCAGGGCCACCUCAGUGCCGGGGCCUGCCCAAGCAGCUGCCCCUCCGGAGGUGGGGAGGGUGUCUCCUCAGCCCCCUCUCCCCAUCAAGCCUUUCACAGCUGAGCCCAGGCCACCUGGAGGAGAGGCCCCGGCCAAAAGUGCCACCACAGCGCCUUCUGGGCCUGGUGCUGCUGAGCAGACCCAGGAGGGCCUCACUGGGAAGCUCUUUGGCCUUGGUGCAUCGCUGCUGACCCAGGCGAGCACCCUCAUGUCUGUGCAGCCUGAAGCCGACCCCCAGGGCCAGCCUGCCCCAAGCAAGGGGCCGCCCAAGAUCGUCUUCAGCGAUGCCAGCAAACAGGCUGGCCCAAGACCUCCAGGCUCAGGGCCCGGGUCUGGGCCAGCACCUGGAGCCAAAACAGGUCCUGGAUCAGGGCCUGGAGCCCUGGCAAGAACUGGGGGAACAACCAGUCCAAAGCAUGGCAGAGCAGAACACCAGGCAGUGGUUAAGGCUGCUGCCAAGCCAAAGACCAUGCCGAAGGAAAGGGCCACCUGCCCACUGUGCCAAGCUGAGCUCAACGUGGGCAGCAAGGGCCCUGCCAACUAUAACACCUGCACCACCUGCAAACUCCAGGUGUGCAACCUGUGUGGCUUCAACCCGACGCCCCACCUGGUGGAGAAAACCGAGUGGCUCUGUCUGAACUGCCAAACUAAGCGGCUGCUGGAGGGCAGCCUGGGAGAGCCGACCCCUCUGACCCUGCCCACCUCACAGCAGCCCCCUGUAGGGGCCCCUCACCGUGCAGCUGGAACAGCCCCUCCGAAGCAGAAAGGCCCACCGGGGCUGGGCCAGCCAUCAGGCCCCCCGCCUGCCAAGGCCAGUCCCCUGCCCACCAAGGCCAGUCCCCUUCCUACCAAGGCCAGUCCCCAAGCCAAGCCCCUCAGGGCUUCUGAACCCAUCAGGACCCCGAGCAGUGCCCAGGAAAAGAAGACAGGAGUCCCAGCUAAAGCUGAGCUGGUGCCGAAGCCACCUCCAGAGACUACCCUACCCCCUGGGACUCCUAAAGCAAAGGCUGGGGUGCGGAGGACUGAACCUGCCACCCCCGUCGUCAAGGCGGGGGUUACAGAAGCCCCCAAGGGUGGGGAGGCGGAGGAGCCGGUGGGCAAGCCUCACCCUCAGGACCUGUCUCGGAGCCCGCAGAGCCUCAGCGACACAGGCUAUUCCUCCGAUGGUGUCUCCAGCUCCCAGAGUGAGAUCACAGGCAUUGUGCAGCAGGAGGUGGAAGAGCUGGACAGUGCAGGGGCGACAGGGCCACGCCCGCCCAGCCCCUCUGGGCUCCACAAGGUGGGGAGCGGCAUGAGGCCUUCGCUGGAGGCCCAGGGCCCGGCCCCCAGUGGUGAGCGGAGCAAGCCACCCUACGGCAGCGGUGAGGAGCAGAAGCGGCGGCCCCACUCCUUGUCCAUCAUGCCCGAGGCCUUCAACUCGGAUGAGGAGCUGGAGGAUAUCCUGGAGGAAGAAGGCUCUCUGGAGUGGGGGCGCCGGAGGGAGCAGCAGGAUGCGGCUGAGUCCUCAGAUGACUUCGGCAGCCAGCUGAGGCACGACUACGUGGAGGACAGCAGUGAGGGUGGCCUGUCCCCUCUUCCGCCCCAGCCCCCAUCCCGGGCAGCAGAACUGACUGAUGAGGAGUUCAUGAGGCGGCAGAUCCUGGAGAUGAGUGCCGAAGAAGACAACCUGGAGGAGGAUGACGCUGCUCCCCCCGGGCACGGCCCGGUCAAACAUGGCUCCCAGAAGGGCAGCCCCCGGCCCAGGCCCGAGCCCAGCCAAGAGCCGGGAGCGCUGCCCAAGAGGCGCCUGCCCCACAACGCCACCACGGGCUACGAGGAGCUGCUUUCCGAGGGAGGCCCAGCAGAGGCCGCAGACAGCACUGGGGCUCUGCAGGGCGGGCUCCGCCGCUUCAAGACCAUUGAGCUCAAUAACACGGGCAGCUACGGCCAUGAGCUGGACCUGGGCCAAGGCCCAGACCCCAGCCUGGACCGGGAGCCCGAGCUGGAGAUGGAGAGCCUGACGGGCUCGCCUGAGGACCGCUCCCGCGGGGAGCACUCCUCCACACUGCCGGCCUCCACGCCCAGCUACACCUCGGGCACCUCGCCCACCUCCCUGUCCUCGCUGGAGGAGGACAGCGACAGCAGCCCCAGCCGCCGGCAGCGGCUGGAAGAAGCCAAGCAGCAGCGCAAGGCCCGGCACCGCUCGCAUGGGCCCCUGCUGCCCACCAUCGAGGACUCCUCAGAGGAGGAGGAGCUGCGGGAAGAGGAGGAGCUGCUGCGCGAGCAGGAGAAGAUGCGGGAGGUGGAGCAGCAGCGCAUCCGCAGCACGGCCCGCAAGACCCGGCGUGACAAGGAGGAGCUGCGGGCCCAGCGGCGGCGUGAGCGCUCCAAGACCCCCCCCAGCAACCUGUCACCCAUUGAGGAUGCCUCCCCCACGGAGGAGCUGAGGCAGGCGGCUGAGAUGGAGGAGCUACAUCGUUCCUCCUGCUCUGAAUACUCGCCCUCACCCUCCCUUGACUCGGAGGCUGAAGCCCUGGAUGGUGGCCCCCCUCGGCUCUACAAGUCAGGCAGUGAGUACAACCUGCCCACCUUCAUGUCCCUCUACUCUCCAACCGAGACACCCUUGGGCAGCACCACCACUCCCAGUUCCGGCCGGCCCCUCAAGAGCGCUGAGGAGGCCUACGAGGAGAUGAUGCGGAAGGCCGAGCUGCUCCAGCGGCAACAAGGCCAGGCAGCAGCGGGCCGUGGGCCCCAUGGUGGCCCCUCUCAGCCCAUAGGCCCCCGGGGCCAGGGUUCCUUUGAAUACCAGGACACCCCAGACCAUGACUAUGGUGGGGCUGCUCAGCCGGCCUCGGAGGGCAUGCCAGCCAGCCUGGGAGCAGCCGUGUACCAGGAGAUCCUUCAGACGUCACAAAGCAUUGCCCGCAUGCAUCAGGCCUCCUCACGGGACCUGGCCUUUGCUGAGGACAAGAAGAAGGAGAAGCAGUUUCUGAAUGCCGAGAGUGCGUACAUGGACCCAAUGAAACAAAAUGGCGGCCCACUUACCCCUGGUACCAGUCCCACCCAGCUCGCCGCCCCUGUGUCCUUCUCCACCUCCACCUCCUCUGACAGCAGUGGGGGCCGAGUCAUUCCCGAUGUCCGUGUUACUCAGCAUUUUGCAAAGGAGCCUCAGGACCCCCUCAAGCUGCACAGCUCUCCUGCCUCCCCCAGCUCUGCCUCCAAGGAAGUAGGCAUAACCUUUGCCCAGGGCCCUGGGACCCCAGCCUCCACAGCUGCGGCUCCUUGUCCGGCUGGCCUGCCACGAGGGUACAUGACUCCGACUUCCCCAGCAGGCUCUGAGCGCAGCCCUUUGCCCUCUUCCACUGGCCACAGCUAUGGACAGAGCCCAACCACUGCAAACUAUGGGUCUCAAACUGAGGAGCUACCCCAGGCCCCCCGUGGCCCUACUGUCAGUGGACGGGCUGCCAGAGAGAAGCCCCUGAGUGUGAGUGAUGGCGAGAGUGGCACCCCGCAGACCUCCCGGGGAUAUUCCUACUUUGCAGGCUCCAGCCCCCCUCUCUCUCCAUCUUCUCCCUCAGAGAGUCCCACAUUCUCCCCUGGCAAGCUGGGCCCAAGGGCCACAGCAGAGUUCUCUACACAGACGCCAAGCCUGACCCCUGCCUCGGACAUGCCACGGAGCCCUGGUGCCCCCACCCCGACACCCACGGUGGCUCAGGGCACACAGACACCACACCGACCCAGCACGCCUCGCCUGGUAUGGCAGCAGUCCUCUCAGGAUGCCCCCUUUAUGGUCAUCACACUGGCGUCAGAUGCCUCCAGCCAGACCAAGAUGGUCCAUGCCAGUGCCUCCACCUCCCCAGUGUGCUCACCCAUUGACACCCAGCCUACCACCCACAGCUACAGCCAGACAACACCUCAGCUGCCCCCAGAGCCACCUGGGCCACCUGGCUUCCCGCGGGCAGCCAGUGCUGGUGCAGAUGGGCCCCUGGCACUAUACGGCUGGGGCGCCCUCCCUGCUGAGAACAUCUCCCUGUGCCGGAUCUCCUCUGUCCCUGGAACGUCUAGGGUCGAGCCCGGCCCCAGGCCCCCUGGCAGUGCCGUGGUAGACCUUCGCACAGCCGUCAAGCCUACGCCCAUCAUUCUCACUGACCAGGGCAUGGACCUGACCUCUCUUGCUGUGGAAGCAAGGAAGUACGGCCUUGCUCUGGAUCCAAUCCCAGGACGGCAGUCUACCGCUGUACAGCCUUUGGUUAUCAACCUCAAUGCCCAGGAGCAGACCCAUGCCUUCCUCAGCACUGCCACCACCGUGAGCAUCACCGUGGCCUCAUCUGUGCUCAUGGCUCAGCAGAAGCAGCCUGUGGUCUAUGGAGACCCCUUCCAGAACCGGCUGGACUUUGGCCAGGGUGCGGGUAGCCCUGUGUGCCUGGCCCAGGUCAAGCAGGUAGAGCAGGCCGUCCAGACAGCCCCGUACCGUGGUGGGCCCCGAGGAAGACCCAGGGAGGCCAAGUUUGCCAGGUAUAACCUGCCCAACCAGGUGGCACCUCUGGCCAGAAGGGAUGUUUUGAUCACUCAGGUGGGCACUGCCCAGAGUGUUGGCCUCAAGUCAGGCCCAGUGCCAGAGCCUGGUUCCGAACCCCAUCGGGCCACCCCCGCAGAAAUGCGGUCACAUGCCUUGCCAGGUGCCAGGAAGCCACAUACAGUGGUGGUGCAGAUGGGAGAAGGCACAGCAGGCACUGUGACCACACUGCUCCCAGAGGAGCCGGCAGGUGCCCUGGACCUCACUGGGGUGAGGCCCGAGAGCCAGCUGGCGUGCUGUGAUAUGGUCUACAAGUUCCCCUUUGGCAGUAGCUGCACAGGUACCUUUCACCCUGCCCCCAGCGCACCUGAGAAGAGUGUGGCAGAUGUUGCCCCACCCGGCCAAAGCAGCGGCCCCUUCUACGGUCCCCGGGACCCUGAGCCUCCCGAGGCCCCCACCUACAGGGCACAGGUGGUCGGGGGGCCUGGGCCCCAUGAGGAGCAGAGGCCCUACCCACAGGGCCUCCCUGGCAGGCUGUACUCCUCUAUGUCCGACACCAAUUUGGCUGAGGCUGGCCUCAACUACCACACCCACAGGAUUGGUCACCUCUUCCAGGGCCCUGGACGAGACUCGGCCAUGGACCUCAGCUCACUGAAGCACUCCUACAGCCUGGGCUUUGCAGAUGGACGCUACCUUGGGCAGGGCUUGCAGUAUGGUUCAUUCACGGACCUACGUCAUCCCACAGACCUUUUGACUCACCCGCUUCCCAUGCGGCGCUACAGCUCAGUGUCAAACAUCUACUCAGACCACAGGUAUGGCCCACGGGGAGAUGCAGCUGGCUUCCAGGAGGCCAGCCUGGCCCAGUACAGCGCCACCACGGCCCGUGAGAUCAGCCGUAUGUGUGCUGCCCUCAACUCCAUGGACCAGUACGGAGGGCGGCGUGGGAGCGGUGGUGGUGGCCCCGACCUCAUGCAGUAUCAGCCCCAGCCGGGGCUCAGUGCCCCACAAGGUCUGGCUCCCCUCAAACCUGGCCUCCUUGGGAACCCCACCUUCCCAGAGGGCCACCCGAGUCCUGGGAACCUGGCCCAGUACAGGCCUACAGCAGGCCAGGGAACAGCAAUCAGACAGCUGCUGCCAUCCACAGCCACUGUGCGUGCAGCCGAUGGCAUGAUCUACUCGACUAUCAACACUCCAAUUGCUGCAACACUGCCCAUCACCACCCAGCCUGCCUCAGUACUGCGGCCCAUGGUGCGUGGUGGCAUGUACAGGCCUUAUGCAUCCGGAGGAGUCACAGCCGUGCCACUCGCCAGCCUGACACGCAUGCCCAUGAUUGCCCCCCGGGUACCUCUUGGGCCCACAGGGCUGUACCGAUAUCCUGUACCAAGUAGAUUCCCCACUGCUUCCAGCGUUCCACCUGCUGAGGGUCCUGUCUACCUGGGGAAGCCUGCCGCUGCCAAGGCCCCAGGGGCUGGGGGCCCACCAAGGCCAGAGCUGCCAGCAGGGGCUGCUCGGGAAGAGCCUCUUUCCACAGCCACCCCUGCUGCUGUCAAGGAGGCUGUAGCAGCCCCAGCCCCAGCCCCAGCGGCUGGCCAGAAGCCGCCGGUAGAUGCUGCUCCUGGGGGCGGCAGUGGGGCCCUCAGCCGGCCAGGGCUCGAGAAGGAGGAAGCAUCACAGGAGGAGAGGCAGCGGAAGCAGCAGGAGCAGCUGCUACAGCUGGAGCGAGAGCGGGUGGAGUUAGAAAAGCUGCGGCAGCUGCGGCUGCAGGAGGAGCUGGAGCGGGAGCGCGUGGAGCUGCAGAGGCACCGCGAGGAAGAGCAGCUGCUGGUGCAGCGGGAGUUGCAGGAGCUGCAGACCAUCAAGCACCAUGUGCUGCAGCAGCAGCAGGAGGAACGGCAGGCUCAGUUUGCCCUGCAGCGGGAGCAGCUAGCACAGCAGCGUCUGCAGCUGGAGCAGAUCCAGCAGCUGCAGCAGCAGCUGCAGCAGCAGCUGGAGGAGCAGAAGCAGCGGCAGAAGGCUCCCUUCCCUGUGGCCUGUGAGGCACCCGGUCGAGGGCCUCCCCCAGCUGCCACAGAGCUGGCUCAGAAUGGCCAGUACUGGCCACCCCUGACCCACGCGGCCUUCAUUGCCGUGCCUGGGCCUGAGGGGCCUGGGCAGCCUCGUGAGCCCGUGCUGCACCGGGGUCUCCCCAGCUCUGCCUCGGACAUGUCACUGCAGACUGAGGAGCAGUGGGAGGCAGGCCGCAGUGGCAUCAAGAAGCGGCACUCCAUGCCACGCCUGCGGGACGUGUGCGAGCCAGAGUCAGGGCCUGAGCCCUGUGUGGUCAGGAGGAUUGCAGACAGCAGCGUGCAGACGGAUGAUGAGGAUGGAGAGGGCCGCUACCUCCUGACCCGGCGGCGCCGGGCACGGCGGAGUGCUGACUGCAGCGUGCAGACGGACGACGAGGACAGCGCCGAGUGGGAGCAGCCAGUGCGCCGCCGCAGGUCCCGUCUUUCCCGCCACUCAGACUCUGGCUCCGACAGCAAGCACGAUGCUACUGCCUCAUCAUCCACUGCCGCCCCCGCCAUGAGGGCCAUGAGCAGCGUGGGCAUCCAGACCAUCAGCGACUGCUCCGUGCAGACAGAGCCCGACCAGCUGCCCAGAGUCUCUCCAGCCAUCCACAUCACAGCUGCCACCGACCCCAAGGUGGAGAUCAUCAGGUACAUAUCGGCUCCAGAGAAGACUGGGCGUGGGGAGAGCCUGGCCUGCCAGACGGAGCCGGAUGGGCAGGCCCAGGGUGUGGCCGGGCCGCAGCUUGUAGGGCCAACUGCCAUCAGCCCCUACCUGCCUGGUAUCCAGAUCGUCACCCCAGGGCCCCUGGGCAGAUUCGAAAAAAAGAAGCCGGAUCCCUUGGAGAUUGGAUACCAGGCCCACCUGCCCCCGGAGUCUCUCUCACAGCUUGUGAGCCGCCAGCCUCCCAAGUCCCCCCAGGUCCUAUACUCACCAGUCUCACCCCUGUCCCCACACCGGCUCCUGGACACCUCCUUUGCUUCCAGUGAGAGGCUGAACAAGGCUCACGUGAGUCCCCAGAAGCACUUCACGGCUGACAGCGCUCUCCGCCAGCAGACGCUGCCGCGCCCCAUGAAGACCCUGCAGCGGUCCCUGUCUGACCCUAAGCCCCUCAGCCCCACCGCCGAGGAGUCUGCCAAAGAGAGGUUCUCCCUCUACCAGCACCAGGGGGGACUGGGUAGCCAGGUGUCGGCGCUGCCACCCAACGGCCUGGUCCGCAAGGUGAAGCGGACACUGCCUAGCCCCCCUCCAGAGGAGGCUCACCUGCCCCUGGCUGGCCAGGCUCUCCCGCAGCUGUAUGCGGCCAGCCUGCUGCAGCGUGGGCUGGUGGGGCCCACCGCUGUCCCUGCCACCAAGGCCAGCCUGCUCCGGGAGCUGGACCGGGACCUGCGGCUGGUGGAGCACGAGUCCACCAAGCU